UUUUAUCAUUUUGUGUGGAUCACUCUGUUUGUCUGAGUCUUAAGAACACUUCCAAUCAUCAGAGACAAAUCAAGAUUCCGGUUGGUGGGUUUUUUUUCUUUUUAAAUUUCCUUUCAAAGUUCUUGAGGAAGUUUGUUAUUGUUUCCAAAGAAUCCUGUUCAAAUAUCCAUUCUUUGUUUUUUGGAGAUAAUGCUUUGAUUCAGUACUACUGGGACUUUUUGAAUUUCAAUUUUCUUGUUUCCUUUGAUUAUUCUUCUUCUUUCUGUUUGUUUUCUGGGGGAGGUGUCAGAUGGGUCUUUGCAACUCUAAACCCUCCCCAAAUUCUGAUCUGUUUGCUGAGAAAUCUGGUUCAAGAACUCCCAAUGAAGGGUCUAAUUCAACACAACCAAACUCUGUUACCGCAAUGGGAGGAGCUUCUCCUUUACCGCCUAGUUCUGAAAAUGGUAGAGAUGGGAGGGCGGGGAAUAGGAGGAACGAGAGUCAUGAGAUGGAUAAUGUGAAGAAAUCUCCGUUUUUCCCGUUUUACAGUCCUAGCCCUGCUCAUUACCUGUUUUCUAAGAAGUCUCCGGCGAGAUCUCCGGCGAAUGCUAGUGCUAAUUCGACUCCAAAGCGGUUUUUUAGGAAGCCAUUUCCGCCUCCGUCGCCGGCGAAGCACAUUCGUGCAGUUUUGGCAAGGCGGCAUGGCUCGGUGAAGCCGAAUGAGGUGUCGAUUCCGGAGGGAACUGAAGCUGAAGGGGUUACUGGUUUGGAUAAGAAUUUUGGGUUUUCGAAGCAUCUUGGGAGUAAAUAUGAGCUUGGAGAAGAGGUUGGGAGGGGGCAUUUUGGCUAUACUUGUGCGGCGAAGUUUAAGAAGGGUGAACUUAAAGGCCAACAAGUAGCUGUUAAAAUCAUUCCCAAGUCCAAGAUGACUACUGCCAUUGCCAUUGAGGAUGUCAGACGGGAAGUAAAGAUAUUAAAGUCAUUGAGUGGUCACAAGAAUCUUGUAAAUUUCUAUGAUGCAUAUGAGGAUCAUGACAACGUCUAUAUAGUAAUGGAGUUGUGUGAAGGAGGAGAGCUCUUAGACAGAAUUCUGUCAAGGGGUGGUAAAUAUACCGAGGAGGAUGCAAGGGCUGUAAUGACGCAAAUAUUAUAUGUUGUAGCUUUUUGCCACCUUCAGGGUGUGGUUCAUCGGGAUCUCAAACCUGAGAAUUUCCUUUUCACUUCAAGGGACGAAAAUUCGCCGUUGAAGGCUAUAGAUUUUGGAUUGUCGGAUUUUGCGAAACCAGAUGAAAGGCUCAAUGACAUUGUUGGUAGUGCUUAUUAUGUAGCUCCUGAAGUGCUCCAUAGAUCUUACAGUACUGAGGCAGAUGUAUGGAGUAUAGGUGUAAUUGCAUAUAUUCUUCUAUGUGGAAGUCGUCCAUUUUGGGCUCGAACGGAGUCCGGCAUCUUUAAAGCUGUCCUUAAAGCUGAUCCCAUCUUUGAUGAGCCACCGUGGCCUUCUCUAUCUUCUGAGGCAAAAGAUUUUGUUAAGCGCUUAUUAGUUAAGGAUCCAAGAAAAAGAAUGUCUGCUGCUCAAGCCCUGAGUCAUCCAUGGAUUAAAAAUUCUAUGGAUGUAAAAGCACCUCUUGAUAUACUUAUAUUCAAACUCAUGAAGAUUUAUAUGCGGUCAUCAUAUCUUCGAAAAGCUGCUUUGAGGGCUGUGUCGAGAACGUUAACUAUAGACGAGUUAUUCUAUUUGAAGAUGCAAUUUUCGCUCUUGGAGCCAAGCAAAAAUGGCACCAUAAACAUAGAAAACAUCAAAGAGGCUUUGAUGAAAAACAUAACGAAUGGGAUGAAGGAAUCAAGGAUACCUGAUCUAUUGACUUCGCUUAGUGCAUUGCAAUAUAGGAGAAUGGAUUUUGAGGAGUUUUGUGCUGCUGCCGUAAGUAUCCAUCAACUUGAAGCUCUUGAUAGGUGGGAGCAACAUGCACGUUAUGCUUAUGAUCUGUUUGAGAAGGACGGAAACAGACCUAUUGUUAUCGAGGAACUGGCAUCGGAACUUGGCCUCAGCCCUUCUGUCCCUGUUCAUGCUGUUCUUCAUGACUGGAUUAGACAUACCGACGGAAAAUUGAGCUUCCUUGGGUUUGUCAAACUGUUACACGGACCUUCUAGUCGAACUCUGGCGAAACCAUUAUAAAGUGUAUGACUCGAAUGUUUGAAAAAUCAUCAAAUGUAUUGGUUGCUCUACCAAGAUUCCAUCAGCUACAUAGUGGUGAGAUCCCAGUUGUAAUUUGAUGUUGGGUAAUUGAAUCAAAUGGCCGAGUCGAGAAAUACUUCGAUUUCCAUUUGGCCCUAAGCUUGUGGAUACUCACGACAGGGUUGACGAUCCGACCUCUCAUUGGUAUGUGAAGUGAAAAUGUAGGAGUUGGAGUUUUUCCUCACUGUAUUUGUAUAGGUUUGAGUAAAAAAAAGUGUGUGUUCACUUGCAAGUGAUGAUACUCCUCAAAGGUUUUCUGAGGAUGGCACUUGCAUUUCCAGACAUUUAACUUCUGGAUUGUAAUUGUGAGCUCUUCUUCCAUUCCACUCAAUAGUAUGAAUAGUGUCUUGAUCUAUAACAAUACCUUCUCUCUCUCUAUUCC